AUGCUCCGAUUAAUUGCCACCAUCCUUGCCGUUGGCAUUUGCCUGUCCCCGUUCGGUGGUGCGUUUGUCGCGGGCGACGGCGAGGAUGACACCAACUUUUGCAACUUUGGUCAGAGACAUUGCCCCUGCCUGGGAAAUGCCAUCGAUUGCUCGAAGAAGAACCUGAAGACGCUGUUCCCGAUGCCGCGCUGGGUGGAUAAUCUCGAUCUGGCGUCCAACCAUUUGAGCCACGAAACAAUUUCGGCGCAAUUGGCUGACCUUCGCAAGCUACAAGAGUUGAACUUAAACAACAAUCGAUUGCAGCGUCUGCCGGUUUUGAGGGGCGUUAGAAACCUCACCAAGUUGUUUGUGAGCAACAAUGAAAUUGAAACUAUCGAUAUAGAAGCGUUAGCGGGGCUGCCAUCGUUGAAGUUUCUCGAUUUAUCGCGCAACGCAAUACAGGAGGUUCAAUACAGCUCAUUUCCGGUGAAAAACAAUCUACAGUAUUUGAACUUGAACUUCAAUAAACUUAGUACCCUCACGAAAGGUACAUUUGAUAGAUUGCAAUCGUUGAAACGGCUGGAAAUUAGCAGCAAUGGCUUGGAGGAAGUGCAAAGUUUAACCUUCCAGAACUUGAAUCAACUGAAAAGCCUCAAACUCAAUAACAAUCGCAUUCCAACGUUGAUGGCUGGCGUAUUUCAUGGGCUGUUAGCGAUAGCGAUCCUUGAAUUGAACAACAACAGCAUUACUACUAUACGGAAGGGCGGAUUCUUUAAUCUGACCAGCCUUACCAAUCUUGGUUUGGCCCACAAUCGGAUAUUCGAAAUCGAACAGUCCGGAUGGGAAUUUACGCCGAAGCUGAUCAGUUUGGAUCUCUCGUACAACCAGUUGGAAUCACUCGAUCGUUACACUUUUGAAGAAUUAUCUGUCUUGCAAACGCUAAAUUUACAAGGAAAUCGCAUAUCUGCCGUUGGCGAAGGAACGUUCAAUGAAACGCGAUCACUAAAAACGCUUUAUCUGAACGGAAAUCGUAUCUCGUGGACGAUAGAGGAUAUGCGCGGACCAUUUCUGGGCUUAAGCGAACUAGAGCGGCUGUAUUUGAACGCAAAUGAGAUAAAGUCCGUCAGUAGAAAUGCAUUUCUGGGGCUGAAUUCACUAACAUUGUUGGAGAUAAGCCAAAAUAACAUUUCAUCGAUACAGAUCAAUGCGUUCAAGGAUACCCCACGGUUAAAGAACCUAAUUAUGAACUCGACUAAUUUAAUAUGUGAUUGUAAGCUAGAGUGGUUUUAUCAUUGGAUAAAAGAUCGAAAGGAGGUGUUUCAAAUCGAUGCCGAAUGUAUCUACCCGAUUUGGUUACGAAAUCGAUUAAUCCGUGAUCUUCAUCCAUCGAACUUUUCUUGCUAUGAUUCCCCUAAACCUCAUCUUAUCGAUGAACCGAAAUCACAACUCGGCAUCCGUGGCACUAACCUAUCACUUGUGUGCAUUGCCACAUCGAUCGCAGCUGACCCUAUGACUUUCAAGUGGAAACAGGACAACUUGGAACUUCCAGCCGUACAGUAUACAAUCCAUCAGAUAAAUAACGAAAACGGCACGAUUGGUACAACGGAGUUAAUUAUACCAAACAUCCAGCAAUCUGGCGCCGGGAAAUAUCAGUGUAUAAUAACCAAUAGCUUCGGUGUGGUGUACUCUCCCAAAGUGAAGAUAACCGUUGGAACGUAUCCCAGGUUUCGUAAAACCCCAUCGGAUAUAAGUGUUGAGCCAGGAAAGGUGGCUCGGUUAGAUUGUGCAGCAAUGGGUGAACCUAAACCACAGAUAUCGUGGGAAAAAGAUGGUGGAAAUGAUUUUCCAGCUGCAAAAGAACGACGGAUGCACGUUAUACCGAAUGAGGGCGCUUUUCUAAUCCUAAAUGUUCAACUUGUCGACAUGGGAACGUAUAGCUGUACGGCCGAAAAUCCAGCUGGAAUUAUUCGUGCUAAUGCUUCAGUCGUAGUGCUAGAGAACCAGCAAGCAAGUCGAUCGGUAACAAACCUAGAGAUUGCGAUCGGUAAACCCAGUGUGCUGGAAUGCAACGUAACUGCUACGCCAAAACCAGUUAUAUUUUGGUUGAAGGAUGGAGAACCAAUCGGAUUGACCGAGCGUCAUUUCGUUACGGGCGAGGGUCAACUACUUGUAAUUGUCAAAACGGAGAUGACGGAUGCUGGAUUGUAUGAAUGUCGGUUUGAGAACGAUUUUACUACUGAGAGUGGUCCGACUCGGCUCAUCGUCGUCGAUGGUCCGGAAGAUAUGCAUGGUUCUGUUUUGGGCGAUGUAAGUACUUCGUAUGGAUCGGGUAUUCAGGAAGAAGUGCAGUUGCAUGCACAAAUAUUCAACUCUUGGAUGACUAUCGUGAUCGCACUUAUUCUUUGUGUCCUGCUAACAUCGCUCAUUUGGAUGAUUUGUAUGUAUCGUAUGCAAAAACGAAUACGAGGCGCUGUAAGUGGUUGUCCGGGAGAAACAGAACUGGAUCUUGCGACCGGGAUGGAGAUAAAUCAACCAAAUUUAAUAGUGCGUAGCGGUGUCGGCACCUCUACCACGCCUGCUGGCUACUUCGAGUAUUUAAUACCGAUGGUACGCAGUAGCGAAGCAACGAGCAACGUAGACGAUGACGGCGAGAGUGCUGAUGGUGGUACAAUUGGGCGUGAUCACGCUGGUUUCUACACGGCAGUUUCAAAAACGAAUGUUCGUUCAACGGAGCUUGAUUCGGACGAUCUAGAUGAUGAUCUCUCAUCAAAGGAUUCUGGAACUGGUGGUGAUUGUGCUUCCGCUACUGGCUCGACAAAUGCUGCACAUCGUGGCAGUCAGGAAGAUUUGAAGUGUUUACUGAAUUCGCUCAAUCGAAAACAUACCAGUGAUCAGGAACUUCAUCACCAUAAACCGUAUCAGUUGUCGAGGCGAUCAGAUGCUAUCAUAUUAUCAUCACCCCAAAAUGCGCAUGAUCCUGAUGACGAUCCACGUCUGGAACCUCCACCACCAAUACCACCAGUAAAUGCAACUAAUGCCGUACUGAUUGUAGAACCUGCUGUUAAUAAACCUAUUGCUGAUCCGGUAUCGAGAGACGAUCGUAUUCCGGCACAUGCUGCUCUCAUAGCAACUCGUAUGCCAAAUUCACAAACCUUUCCAGUGUUUAUGCAACCUACGAGUUCAGUGACAGAACCGACGUUACGGACGUCCUCGUUGGAAGCUUCUGCCGACCCAGUCUUACCGCCGAAGAAGAUGCAUCCUGCUCCACAACAGCAGAUACAAGUCAAUCAGCUUUAUCAACUUCUGCUGGAAAACCCCCGGUUAAUGGAAAAACCCGCCAAAUAUAGAACCAAAUCGAUGGACCAAUGCCCUGACAAGGAGGUUCGUCCCACUUCUGCCAGCAGUGGCAUCGGUACGGGGAGCAGCAAUGGAAGUACGAUGAAUGGUGAGUUUCCCAGUGAACAACGGCAUCUAUCGUCGAGGGUGGUCAGCAACGACACUAGGCGAAAAGUUAACAGGUAG